UGUAGAAUUCCCACCAGAAGUAUUGCAUUCAUUCAUUUCCCUGCAAACUUCAUUCAAGUACUAACGUGUGGUGUAUCGUGACUGUUAAAGUUGAAAAACCGUUUUACAAAAGACCAUCAAAAUGUUCGAAGCCCGCUUAAUUGCUAGCACUACGCUCAAAAAGGUCCUAGAUGCCAUAAAGGAUCUACUAAAUGAAGCCACGUUUGAUUGCAGCGAUUCCGGUAUCCAGCUUCAGGCAAUGGACAACUCUCACGUUUCCUUGGUGUCACUUUCACUUCGCUCCGACGGCUUUGAUAAAUAUCGUUGUGACCGGAACCUUUCUAUGGGAAUGAACCUUGCAAAUAUGUCAAAAAUCAUGAAAUGCGCGAACAACGAUGAUACCGUUACCAUGAAAGCACAAGAUAAUGCAGAUACAGUUACCUUCAUGUUCGAAUCUCAGAACCAAGAAAAAGUUUCCGACUAUGAAAUGAAACUAAUGAAUCUUGAUCAAGAACAUUUGGGAAUACCGGAAACUGAUUAUGCGUGCAUUGUUCGGAUGCCAGCAAUUGAGUUUGCUCGUAUUUGCCGAGAUCUGUCUCAAUUUGGCGAGUCUGUUGUUAUUUCCUGCACUAAAGAAGGCGUUAAGUUCUCCGCGUCCGGCGACGCUGGAUCAGCCAAUAUUAAACUUGCCCAGACUUCCUCUGUAGAUAAAGAAGAUGAAGCGGUCAUCAUUGAAAUGCAGGAGCCCGUAACUCUCACAUUUGCCUGUCGGUACCUGAACUCCUUCACCAAAGCCACGCCUUUGUCAAACCAAGUGCAGCUUUCCAUGUCGGCAGAUGUGCCACUAGUUGUUGAAUAUAAAAUCACCGAUCUUGGUCAUAUUCGGUACUAUCUAGCACCCAAAAUCGAAGAUGAUGAAAAUUAGAUAUAUAAAUUGUAUUAGGUUAAAAGUC